AUGUCUCUCCCUUUGAACAUCGACAUUACUUUGCCAGACGGCAACAAGUACACACAGCCAACAGGUUUGUUUAUUGACAAUGAAUUUGUCAAGUCUAUCUCGGGCGAAACCUUAGAUUCAUAUAACCCUUCCACUGGCGAGGUCAAUUGUUCCGUAUAUGCUGCUGAUGAGAAGGAUGUUGAUGUGGCUGUGGCUGCAGCAGCCAAAGCUUUCAAGUCUUGGAAGAAAACCACCGGUGUUGAGAGAGGCCGUCUUUUGAACAAACUUGCCGACUUAAUGGAAGACCCAGAAGAACUUGAGCUUCUUACUUCGCUUGAGGCUUGGGAUUCUGGUAAAACAAAGGUUUUGAAUGCCAAUGGUGACGUUGUUGAAACCAUCAACGUCUUCAGAUAUUACGCAGGUUGGGCCGACAAGAUCCAAGGCAGAGUUAUUUACAAUGACCCAAAAAAGCUUGCUUACACUGUCCACGAGCCAUACGGAGUCUGUGGCCAAAUCAUCCCAUGGAACUACCCUAUGCUUAUGGCUGCAUGGAAGUUUGCUCCAGCUCUUGCUGCCGGAAAUACUGUUGUCAUGAAAACCUCUGAAGUGACUCCAUUGUCCAUCUUGUACUUUGCUACUUUGUUCAAGAAGGCCGGAUUCCCACCUGGUGUGGUGAAUGUUAUCUCUGGAUACGGUGCUACUGCUGGUAAGGCUUUGGCCUCGCACAAGGAUGUGAGGAAAAUUGCCUUUACUGGUUCGACAGCCACAGGCAAAAUUAUCCAGCAAUUGGCUACUUCUAACUUGAAGGCUGUGACAUUAGAAUGUGGAGGAAAGUCACCUUUCAUCAUCAGAGCAGAUGCCGACUUGGAGCAGGCUGUCAAGUGGGCAGCUGUUGGAAUUAUGUCCAACCAAGGGCAAAUCUGUACUUCUACGUCGAGAAUCUACGUACACGAAUCUGUCUAUGAGAAGUUUUUGACCGACUUUGCUGCCCACGUCACUGAAGAAUAUCCUCAGGGUGACAUGUUCACUACCCAUGCUGUUGUUGGACCUCAGGUGUCCAAGGUGCACCAGGAGAAGAUCUUGUCAUACAUUGAGCUCGGAAAGAAGGAAGGCGCUAGAGUCGUUUUGGGCGGCGAGGCUCAUCUCGAAGGUGACUUCGCUAAGGGAUACUACGUGAAGCCUACCAUUUUUGCCGAUGUAAAGCCUCACUACAGAAUUGUCAAAGAGGAGAUCUUUGGACCUGUUGUGUGUGUCGCCAAGUUCUCGACAGACGAAGAGGCCAUUGAGCUUGCUAACGAUACUGAAUAUGGUUUGGGCGCUGCUAUUUUCACUCAAGACAUCACUGUGGCUCACACCAUGGCUCAGGAUCUCGAGUCAGGUCAAAUCUGGAUCAAUUCUUCGAACGACUCCGACGUGCACAUUCCUUUUGGUGGUGUUAAGAUGAGUGGAAUUGGCAGAGAGUUGGGCGAGUACGGACUUACCGUGUACACUGAAGCCAAAGCUGUUCAUGUGAACUUGGGAAGCAGAUUAUAA